GUCGUUCACGCGUUACUGUUUACCUGCCCUUGGAAGCGAGUAAAGGAGGAAGGGCUGCCAUUGGUUUGUGAGUGACUGCUCAGAUGCAAACCAAAAUAAAGGACAUCUGACGUAGUUGGCUAUUCGGUUAUAAGCCUUAUUAGUCUGCGGAUCCUGUAAAGUAACGUUAUGGAUGAAACAGAGUUAAGGAGGCUGUCGGUCGGCCAUGUAUUGGGUGUGCUCGCCGUUAUUUCUUCUCUAUCCAUUCCUCCUCUGUUUCUUGAUAACUUUUCAAUUUUGAAGACGCACACGGCAUGGCUGUGUAUCUGCUCGGUUUUUGUCAUCGCUGUCAACGUGGUAUUACUUUUAACACUGAAACCAAACCCUUCACCCAAAAGAAUUUCAUUUGGAAACAAGGUAAAUAAAUUUUCCCGGUCCUGUCUGUACUUUUUUAUUUCCUGCUUGCUGUUUCAUGCGAUUAUAGUUCUGUACGGUGCCCCGUUAUUAGAGUCAGUGGCGGAGACUUUCCUGUUUGCCGUUCUUUUGUCUUCGUUUACGACGUCUCGCUGUUUGUGUAUUCUGGGGCCAAACUUCCACGCUUGGAUUCGGGUAUUCAGUAGAGAUGGGGCGAUGUCUGCCUGGGAUCACAGUCUCCAAAUCACUACAGUAUGCAGUGUGAUCGGUGCCUGGCUGGGAGCGUUCCCUAUACCCUUGGACUGGGAUAGACCUUGGCAGGUCUGGCCAAUUUCCUGCUCGCUCGGUGCAACUUUUGGGUACGCGGUUGGUCUUCACGCGGCACCGGUAUGGAUUUAUUGGAACAGGAAGAAGGUGACAUACAAGAGCCGAUAGCAAUCACAAGCAGGAAUAUACCGCGUGCCAAUCGCACCGGGCAAAAGGACUUGAGCGUGGAUGACCAAUGGUCUAGGUCAAGAACGUUGAUAGAUGUGUCCGUAUUCCAUGACCUCAACACACUUCUACUUUGUUUAAGUUAUAACCCUGAGAAAACCUAGUUUUAAAAGGUGUGUACCAGACGGUAAUUUUUUUUAUGUUUUCACUUUGGAAAGCAUGGUGUUGCAGCUUAAUAAAUAAUUUAUGCAGCCGU